AAUCUUUCUUGGGUGCUGGUUCCAAUCUUUAGUUGCUCACAUGAGCCCUCAUGACCAUCUUGGGCCAACAUCACUCCCCCUGAGGAAGCUACCCAUGGGCUCAUCGCAGAUAUAUAAGAGGCUUUCUCGAUGCUCAUUGAGGUAUCUGCCAUCAGCAAUUGAGUCUUCUUCGUGUUCACCUCUGCUUUCACAGUGACUCGCGUGCUACCAUUGAUUAAGACUUGCCCAACUCACUAUCCAUCUUACACUUGAACCUUCUCAAUUACAUUGUCUUUCAACUCUACCUUACUCUACACUUAGUCCACAAUGUCUGUUUCCUUUGACACCACUGACGUUGCCCCCGCCCCGGUCCCUGUUGUACAGGAUGGCCCAUGUCUCGGCUCCAAGUCCAGAAUGCCCGAGUUCAGCCUGGCUGGAAAGGUUGUCUUGGUCUCCGGAGCUGCGCGUGGCCUUGGUUUGACCCAAGCUGAGGCCCUCCUGGAAGCGGGUGCCAAAGUCUACGCUCUUGACCGUCUGGAUGAGCCCUCCCCCGAAUUCGCCGUUAUCCAGCAGCGCGCUCUGCAAGAGCUGGGUACUGAGCUUCACUACCGCCGCAUCGAUGUCCGCGACACAGAGCUGCUGAACACCGUGAUUGAAACCAUUGCCAACACCGAAGGCCGAAUGGACGGUCUGGUGGCGGCGGCCGGAAUCCAACAAGAGACCCCUGCGCUGGAGUACACAGCCAAGGAUUCCAACACCAUGUUUGAGGUGAACGUCACGGGAGUGUUCAUGACCGCUCAGGCAGUCGCCAAGCAAAUGAUUCGCUUCGGAAAUGGAGGCAGCAUCGCCCUAAUUGCGAGCAUGAGUGGCACCAUUGCCAAUCGGGGUCUCAUCUGCCCCGCUUACAAUGCCAGUAAGGCUGCCGUGCUCCAACUUGGCCGUAACCUCGCCUCUGAAUGGGGUCAAUAUAAUAUCCGCGUCAACACCAUCUCCCCUGGAUACAUUGUCACCGCCAUGGUCGAGAAGUUGUUCGAGCAGUUCCCCCAGCGCCGCGACGAGUGGCCCAAGCAGAACAUGCUCGGCCGACUGUCCGCUCCUAACGAGUACCGCGGUGCAGCAGUCUUCCUCCUCAGCGACGCCAGCAGCUUCAUGACUGGUAGCGACCUUCGCAUUGACGGUGGUCACGCCGCAUGGUGAUGACAUGAACAGUCAUACUCAUCCUCUUUUCCUUCCGGUAUUUUACACUGCACUCUGAUAUCACGGCACUGAUACUCGCAUGGCGUUCAUUGGAAGCGAGCACUGCACUAUAAUGGUUUAUCAUGACGUCUACCUCUCCGUCAGGAGGCGAAUUUGUGGUUUCUUUUUCCCCUUUAGCAUUUGGUGUCUGGACGGGAUGAUCGGGUUGAUGAACAGUACCUAGAGCUGCUACCUACCACC